CUUGUUUUUUAAAACUUGAUAACUUUUUGUUAUCUUUUAUCAAUUUUGAGUUAUCUUUUGCAUAUUUUAGCUCUCUUUAUCCGCGAUCGUCACGUACCUUAACCUAAUACAUUUAAAUAAUUAAAAGUUUCUCUAGCUCAUUGAAAUCAUGUCGCUAUCAAAACCAGUUAUGAACUUAUUGGUGUCAUAUUUGCAAAACUUAUAUUUACAUCCUAUUAAAACAAAAUCUAUAACAAGCUGUGUUGUUGGAACUGCUGGCAGUAUCGCAUCGCAGCUGGUGGCAGGGCAGUCCCUAAAACUAGACCCCAUAGUGGCAUUCGGACUUUAUGGAUUAUUAUUUGGAGGCACAGUUCCGCACUACUUCUACCAGCUGGUGGAAUACUUGUUCCCUCAUGGUGAAGUAGCAUUUCCUCUUGCCAAGAAGAUGAUAUUUGAAAGACUGAUAUUUUCGCCCAUAAUGCAGGCAUUUUCACUGUAUACUUUAGCCAGGUUUGAAGGAAAGCCUCAUGUGAUAGCCGUGAAGCAGCUGUUCGCACUGUACUGGCCCAUUCUACAGGCCAACUGGAAAUGGCUGACUAUCUUCCAAGUUAUUAAUAUGGCUGUGAUUCCUCCAGAACUCCGAGUUCUAUUCAUGAACUUAGUUGGUUUUGGAUGGGUAAUUUUUGUAGCUAGCAUGAAACGGAAAUCAGCUGCAUCACAGAAGAAAAGAUCCGAACAAGAAUAAAUUAAGCACACUUUUGUAAGUAAGAGAAAGCAGAAUUAUUAACAGUUAGGAAAUGUUAUAAAAAAUAUUAUUUUUAUGGUGAACGGUAUUGUUAAUAAGAUGAUAACAUUCCUAGGAUGGUAAUUGUUAAAUGUAUACUAUAUAGUCCUUUCUUAGAUAGCAUUUAUACACACUGUUAGGCACUUUUAAAUUCUACAGGGAGGAUUUUUUUAUAUUCCUGUGUACAUAUUUUUAAAUGAUGUUAAAUAAAAACUAUAAAGUUAUGUUUGA